AUGGCUAUUUGUGCUGAUAAAGCUCUGACUUUUCUACGUGUUCACGCGUUCACGUUUAUGUUGAUAGCGUAUGGCCUCUUCGUCGUCAUCGGUGCUGUUGUUUUGAUGAUACUGGAGCAACCGGAGGAGAAUUUGCUCGUUAAAGAGGUCCGUGAACUAAAAGCGCUUUUUUUGGCAGAUAACCCGUGUGUUGAGGAGAGCAGUUUGGAUCGUUUGUUGAUAAACGUGCUUUCUGCGAGUAAACGCGGCGUGGCCACACUGGAGUCCGCCAGCGAUGAAUGCAACUUCGACUUCACGUCGUCGCUGUUUUUCGUCAUUACCUUCCUCACGACCACAGGUUAUGGCACCACUGUGCCUCUUUCGGAUGAGGGCCGUUUGUUUUGUGUUGUGUACUGUCUUGUGGGAAUCCCCUUCACCCUGCUGCUGCUGUCCAGCCUCACUCAUGCCCUCCUGCCCUGGGUAACACACACCCCUAUUCACAACCUUCAAGUCUUCUGGGGACUGUCUCGCAACAAUGCAGCGUUGCUGCACUGCAGCCUUCUGGCCUUUUGCACAGCGACAUUGUUUUUUCUUCUGCCUGCUGGUGCCCUCUGCCUGCUGGAGAACGACUGGAAUUACCUGGAGUCGCUGUAUUUUUGUUUUAUCUCACUUAGCACCACAGGACUUGUUGACUAUCUGCCCGGCAGGACACAAAGCCGAGCAGCACGUCAGUGGCUGGAGUUUGCAACCUCCUGUUACCUGAUGGUUGGACUGAUUGUCUUGCUUGUGGUUAUGGAAAGUUGCUGGGAACUGCAGCAGGUUCAAGCCAUCAUGCGUUUUUUCGCUGGACCGUGGCAGGGUGAGCUGAAGGGGGUGGGUUUGGAUGAGCUUGUGCUCAGUGGAGACAUGACAGGUGCAGAGGAGGAACCUCAUUACACCCUUCCUAUAUCCACCAUCUCCCCUGCUUUCACAGACUCACCUGCCACUCCAACAAUAGAGCUGCCACCAGUCUUUGGCCUGACACCCAUAGCAGCCACCAAAGAAAAUAUUCCCCCUUCACUAAGACCAGAUCUGUGUCAAUCCACUUCCACUUCACAACUGAUACAAUGGAACUGGACAUUGUAA